CAUACAGCUGGAAUAUUGCGGCGUGCGUUACACAACACACCAACCAAAAAAUCAUAAACCCAUGCUCAUAAUAUACUCGGAGUCGUUCACUCUAUCCUGCUUUCGGCAUCGAUAUCUUACAAAAUUAAAUAUGGAAAGGAUUUUGUCGAUUUUAUUUACUGUUCACCAGGUAAUUACGACUUUGGACAUACCACCAGAUAUCACAUGUCACUGAUAAAAAGGUGAGUUUGAGUCAUGAUCAAAUACCCCAAGCAAUCCAUCUGUUUGUGACAAGCACAUCCAUACCAGCACUAUGCAUGUAUGUACGUCUUCUUUAUCAUGGAACAUAUUUCAGCUGUUUCAUCUUUUACAGUCUUCUUUUUACAAACAAAUUUCGCAUCUAACAACCUUCCCUAGAAUUGUGUUUCUUUCCACCUUUUUAAAUCAUUGCUAAAGAUGACCACACCUUGUUUGGAUCAAAGAUGCGAAUCAAAUAUGCGAAGAGGAUAAGGAAAAAUGUGUUGAUAAAUGUCAGGGCAAUCCAAAUUGAUCAUACACUGAUACAUAACGUAUGCCGUAUAUUUAGCCAUACCCACUGUGAGAUCCACGUCAUGUACGUACUUAUCACUGGUGCUGAUCGAUGUCAGAGUCGUAUAUAGAACACUCAGCCAAGAUUACUAGGGAGAGUGUGUACUCUCCAUAUAAAGGACAGUUCACACAGGCCUCUACCGGAGUUACAGAAUUAUACCACGACAACAGACAGCUCACACCUGACGUUCAGAGCCGUGCCGAUACAUAAUAUAAUAAUAAUAAUAUAGUUUAUUACAGUGUCAUGUGUUACAAAGCAAUACAACAUUUAGCACAUACUUAAAAUACAAACACCAGGCCUCAGUGGGCCGAAAUGACACUUUAAGGUAUUACAAAUAUUAAAAUACAAUUAGAUAUAAAAAGUAACCAUGCACAUUCUUAAUAUCUACAUAAACACAUAUUCACUAACACAAUCACAUAAUGCCUUCAUGCAUACACACAUAUAUACAUACGCACUCACGCACGCACGCACGCACGCACGCACGCACGCACGCACACAAUCAAUCAUUCUAAUAUUCUCCCGCACAUACUAAACAGACACGCAAACACAUUCAGAUAUCUCCCACCCCGUCACUCGAGACAUACACGCACGCACACAUACACACACACACACACACUCAACCUCACUCACAAAUACACCCAUACCCAAAUUCAUGCAUCUACACACACUCCAUAUCCUUUCUUCUGACCGUACCAACAUUCAUAUCCCCUCCCCACACACACCCAUAACCCAUAACCUCACACACUCAAUUACACUUUUCAUAUAAAAUUCAUAUUCAAUAGUUAAGUUAUUGUACACCUUGCAGCCUUUUGUGAUACAUUUUCUGAACACAUCUCGCCAAUUCUAGCUGGAUACGUUCAGUGUUCAUCAACCACUUAUAUUUAUCUAACGUGGACAGUUCACAGAAACUACUGAACUGAUUAUUGCAUGUAUCAAAUAAACAUUUCCUUAAAACAUUGUAGAAUUUGCACACCACAACAAAGUGAACUUCAUCUUCGAUUAACUGUUCCUGACAUAGUUGACAAAGUCUAUUUACCAAGGGAGUCACAGGCUUGGUAUUCCUGCCACUUUCUAUAGCCAGGGGAAUGUUUCCACAAUGUAAUGAGGCUAAUAUACUUCUUUGUUGUCUGGGUAGAGACAUUUUCACAUAGUGAGAAGUUUGGAUAGUUUCUUUAUAUUUCCUAUAUGUUCGUAAUUUAUUUCCAUUGCAAUUACCUUUGUCAUUAAAUAUAUCCGAGAACCACUUUUGUAUGUCUCUUGUAUCUAACACUUCAAGGCAUGCUUUGAGAAAUGAGGCACGUUUAGCCUUGACACAAAAAUCUAAAACGUCCAUAUUUCCAUGAAUAUCUAUUUUUUUCACAAAUUCACACACCCUAUAAUCCCAGGAGGAUUUUCUUUUAAAUGACCAUUUAUGGACUAUGGCACACACAGAUGUUUCACAGGAGGUGAUGAUUUUAUGGAAACUUCGAAGAACUUCAAUUUUAAUUUUAGUAUUUUGGCUUCUCCACCCCAUCUCUCCUCUGACGGCAACAUUAGAGGCAUUCUUUCUCACUCCCAAGAAGAAUCUGGAGGCUUUAUUCUGAAUAUAACUUAUUUCUUUGUACAUAUUUAUGCCCCACACACUUGCACUAUAGUUAAGAACUGGUUGCACAUAACUAUCAAAUAAUUUUGUGAACACUGCAUGGCUUAAACCUCCCGAAUGGUUGAGCUUACUGAAACUAACUCCAAGUGCCCUGUUUGCCGCAUACAGCGUCGCUUUAGCUGGUACAAGGGAUGAGGUUAGACUUACAUUUAGUCUCUGAAAUCUUAUAUUACACAAUAUCCUUCUUGCCUCUAAAAACAAUUCCCUAUGUGGAAUAGAACUAGCUUGCGCUGGCUAGACUUGCUUUUGUAUGCGUUUCUAGAUUAUUAUUUUUUCAUAAAUGAAAUAUAUUCCAGUCAUGGUGCAGGACUAGGAUGAAGUGUGCAAUUACAGUAAUAACUUCUUGAAACAUGUUUAAUGCGGAUGUGUGUAUUUUAAACUUAUUUUAAUUCUAACAGGGUAUUAUAUGUGAUGGAUGAAUACAUACUGAGCCUCGGAUUAUGAUUUGAAUUCAAAACUGAUUUGAACUGACGAACAGAAUAUUAUCACGGCAAUAGGCAUAUUUGACACACAGAAACAUAUACGAUCAAUGGAGUGAGUUCGUUGAGGUGGGGUGGGAGCUAAUUAUAAAUGACGGCAUGUCUGCUUAAUGUGGGAGGAAAACCCAACGUGAUGCAGGUCUUAGGUCUUUGCCAUUUUAGUGAAAACCACAUUGAAAUAGCAAUGCGAGUCCCACGCGAAUACAAUAUUUGAAGCAACGAUCAUAUAGUUCUGGCACGUCCGUGGUCCCUCUAUUCAGUGUAAACAUGUUGAAAAUUGAUCUAAGCUUAAAUGUUCAUACUUUUGUCCUUCUGGUCCAGCUAACAUGACUCCGCUUGUUUCAUUAUUUCUUUUAGAGAAAUGAGAAAGAUGAGGAAGUUCCUUUUAGAUCACGAUAUAGACAAAAUCUCACAAGCAUGUUCUUGGGACGUCCAUGAGAUGAAGGACCUCCUUUCAGCCAGUCCAGAGGCUGAAGGUGGCCUUGGCAUCCAGGAGCUGGUGAACCUGUCUGACAGGUUUCCAGGAAAGUACCCAGAGAGGCCUGACCUCUUCUUCCAGGACAGAUUGAAGACACUGAUGAGUGUUGAUGAUGCCGUUGGAGCCAUGUCCCCCGAGAAACUCACCCAGGUUGCCCGAGCCGGGUUAUAUCGAUGGGGCAAGACGACAACUUUGGCUUGUUACCACUGUGGGUGUCAGGCAACAGACUGGCUCGCGGAUGAUGACCCAUGGAACAGACAUGCCGAACUACAGCCCAACUGCCCGGUUGUCAAAAGGGGUGUGGUCAUCUGGCGAGAGGGAGGGAGGCCUGUAAACCACCUCCUGAGACGAAGCCUAUCCCAGGACUAGACAUCACUGUUAACGUCACCAUCACAGUCCUACAAACAAUCAAAAGGACACCGACUUCAUAAUCCAAAUUGGUAUCAGAUCAGACGAACUUCUACAAAACUAUUGUUUUGUAGUGGAAUACUUAAAAGAUUGCUAUUUCAAGUGUAAACGAUCAUCGCUGUAAAAAUGUAUCUCCGCCAAACACUGUCUGAAUUGCGAUUCAGUGAUUCACAACUAUACUAGAUUGAUGCAUGGAGAUCAUAUAUAUUUUCUUCACUUACAUAACCGACUUCCCUGCACAACUGUUCUUCAUUUAUAUAUCCGACUUCCCUGUGCCUGUUCUUCCGUUAUAUAUCCGACUUCCCUGUGCCUGUUCUUCCGUUAUAUAUCCGACUUCCCUGUGCCUGUUCUUCCGUUAUAUAUCCGACUUCCCUGUGCCUGUUCUUUCGUUAUAUAACCGACUUCCCUGUGCCUGUUCUUCCGUUAUAUAUCCGACUUCCCUGUGCCUGUUCUUCCGUUUUAUAUCCGACUUCCCUGUGCCUGUUCUUCCGUUAUAUAUCCGACUUCCCUGUGCCUGUUCUUUCGUUAUAUAACCGACUUCCCUGUGCCUGUUCUUCCGUUAUAUAUUCGACUUCCCUGUGCCUGUUCUCUGUUAUAUAUCCAACUUCCCUGUGCCUGUUCUUCCGUUAUAUAUCCGACUUCCCUGUGCCUGUUCUUCCGUAAAUUCGUUUAUAUAUCCGACUUCCCAGUGCCUGUUCUUUCGUUAUAUAUCCGACUUCACUGUGUCUGUUCUUCCGUUAUAUAUCCGACUUCCCUGUGCCUGUUCUUUCGUUAUAUAUCGGACUUCCCUGUGCCUGUUCUUCCGUUUUAUAUCCGACUUCCCUGUGCCCCUUCUUCCGUUUAUAUCCGACUUCCUGUAUCCUUCCUUCGAUGUAUCUGUUCUUCAUUGAUAAUCCGACUACUUCCUGUAUCUGUUACUCACAUAUAUACCCGACACCCCUUAAAUAUGUUCUCCCUGUAUUUUUUCCGCUAUGUAGCCGACUUAAUUUUUGUUUUCUCAUUUGGAUAUGUUUGUUUUCAAUCAAGUUUCCUAUAUAAGCAUGGAUAAGAUUAACUGUAUCAAGCCCUGCUCCUGCACAUUAGGUUAUACUGAAGGAAAGAAAUAAGGGAACACAUACGUGUUGCAACGUAUCAGGAGGGUGUUAACUGAUGAGUGCUUCACGUCCACAAAUGAAAGCUGAGAGUGAAAUAUUGAAUGGUUAUGUGUGUUAACAACAUUGGCAAGUUCUAGUACAGAAUACGGCAUGUCAGGUUACGUCUACACUCUCAUUUUAUACGGGUUCCUUUAUUUAUUUCAAUGAGUAUACAGUGCAGAAACAGCAGUCUGCAUAGAUACAUGUAUGGUGUACAAGGAGACUAUCUGAAAACUCAAAUAGUAAUGGGUAUACCACUUUAGCAGUCGGAGGUUUCAUGCAAGGCACUUAUCACAACAUCCAAACUUAACUAGGAGCCGAGUCCGCCUUUAAUACUUUAAUGUAAUCCACUGUUGUCAAAGGCAGCGCAGUAUGUUGCUAUGGUUAAUAUAAAGUUUAUUUCACAGCCGAACCAAAAUUACAUAGGAGAUUGACUGAUAUUUUUUCAUUAUUAGGAUUCUGUGGUCUGUUCUGGAUGAAGGGGUAAGCAUAUACUCCCAAACGUUUUUUCCUCAUAAUAAAGAAGUUGACAUCCAUAAA